AUGGAGUUGACCCACGUUCACGACGACGAGCCCACCCCGCCCGUCUAUCCCGACAUCGAGCUCGACGACGACAUAUACGACAUCAGCACGCUCAUUAGUGGGCUCGGGCUCGAGCAUGGCACGAUGACUGCGGCCGAGUACGUCGCCAUCGACGACGGUGAGCCGACGUGCGCCGCGCACGCAGCGGACCAGACGACUCAGGAGCCGGAAGCGGGCCUGGUGGUGGAGCUUUGGGAGGCGCCGACCACCAUGCAGGCCGUGUACGACGACGCCGACCCAUUGCGGGCCUUCACGGCUCUGUGGAACGCGGACGACGCGACAAGCGCUGUCGCGCGGUUUUGUCCGAACCUACGCGACGUGUUGGGGUGGUUGUUGGACGCGUGGACGAGCGUUGGAGCGCGCACCAUUCAGCGAUGCUGGUGGCGCACGGGAUGUCUGCCACUGUCGUGGUCCAUGGAGUUGACCCACGUUCACGACGACGAGCCCACGCCGCCCGUCUAUCCCGACAUCGAGCUCGACGACGACAUAGACGACGUCAGCACGCUCAUUAGUGGGCUCGGGCUCGGGCAUGGCACGAUGACCGCGGCCGAGUACGUCGCCAUCGACGAUGGUGAGCCGACGUGCGCCGCGCAAGCGGCGGACCAGACGACUCAGGAGCCGGAAGCGGGCCUGGUGGUGGAGCUUUGGGAGGCGCCGACCACCAUGCAGGCCGUGUACGACGAUGCCGACCCAGUGGGCCGUGAGGCGCGGCGCACCGCCCGGGCGGCCUGCGAGAUGCUCAUCGGCUAUGUUCGCGCCACCUUCAUCACGCCGCGCGACCUCUGCCACCUGUUCGACAUCCGCAACCCGAUUAUUAUCGCGCGGAUGGAGCAGGCAAGCCCGGCCAUUAAUCUCAACGUGGCCCCUCCGGCCGUGCCCACCCCGGCCGCAAUCCCCACGCCCGAUACCCGCCGCGCGGCCGAGUGCUGCCCAGCUGGAUGA